AUGGUGACCAUGGAGGAGUACAAGGAGCUGAAGAAGCAAGAAAAGCAGUUAGUCGGCAUCAUGAAUGGCAUCGCGCGUUUUGUGAAUGAGUUCCAGAAAGGAAGGCACGAAAUCCAAAUCGAUGUUCGCCUGGAGACCUUAGAGGAGGCUAUGAAGAAGUUCUACAGCGUUCGGCGGAAAAUUGAGCUGUAUUUCGACGAUGAAGAUAGUGCUAGUGAAGUGAAAAUAGCUGAAAAUACCCGAUCAGAGCGAGAAAAGCGGAAGAAGAGCUUCGAGGAGUCGCUGUACAACGUUCAGGAGCAAUACUUCGAAGUGAAGGCCGCGUUGAUUCAGCUGCGGCCAAAAAAGGAGACCCCACGAGCCACCAUCGAAAAUGUAGUUGAAGUUCAGCCAGUAUCCCGGGUGAAACUGCCGGACAUCAAGCUUCCGAGCUUCAGUGGGAGGAUUCAGGAUUGGACCAGCUUCCGAGAUACCUUCCGAAGCCUGAUCCACAACAACCAGCAGCUGGCAGACGUCGACAAGUUUACCUACUUGCGGUCUUCGACCACCGGUGAAGCACUACAAGAGCUGAAUUCGGUGGAGCUAACGGGCGACAACUACGAGGUGGCCUGGAAAAUGUUGGAGAAGAAGUACGAGAACAAGAAGCUCAUCGUGAAGGCCCACCUGGACGCGUUGUUCGCCGUUGAGCCAAUGCGCAGAGAGAACUGCGAAGCGCUAAGUCACAUCAUCAGUGAGUUCGACAAAAAUCUGCUGAUGUUGAACAAGAUUGGGGAGCAGACGGCCAACUGGUCGACGAUAUUGGCGUACAUGGUGUGUUCUCGUCUCGACCAAACCACUCUCCGCAACUGGGAGACGCGCCACAACAGUAAAGACGUCCCAAAGUACGACGACCUAAUGCAGUUUUUGAGGGAUCAGUGCGCAGUGCUACAAUCGAUAGCCCCCGCAAGGGUUCACGAAAGCGAUAGACGGCCUAGGCUCUCAACGACGCACACUACGUCCCAGGCUCAGCGAAGAUGCUUGUUUUGCGGAGAUUCGUACCAUCUACCGUUUAAGUGCAGCAAACUGCAGAACAUGAACGUGGCUCAGCGAGUGGAAGAUAUCAACAGAAAACGACUUUGCAGAAACUGCCCAACUUCGUGGUUACUUGGGUGUUUGACAGCCGGGCACUUCGCUGAAGGCUGCACCAGAGGGUCGUGUACUCGCUGUGGGAGAAAGCACCAUACGUUGCUGCACUUUGACAGGCCAUCGAGCAGCGGUAAUCCAGCGAAGCCAUCAGUUCCUGCUAGUGUCCCGCAGUCCGUUCCACAAGCGCAAAACCGACCAAAUUCAGUUCCAACAGCGCACCAGCAACAGCCACAGCAAAUUCGUUCGAAACCACAGAGCCAGACACAAACACCAUCCACUCAACCAGCCACACAGACACAACCCACAUCAUCAUACCCGGUGAUCCGCUCACAAAACACUCACCCACAACCCACCACUGACCCACAACCUGCAAUUUCUCUCGAAACCACUGAAUCACCGCACGGCUUUGGCACGACAACUCGUCAAGUGUUGAUGUCAACUGCUGUCGUGAAGGUGGUAGAUCGUUUUGGAAACACCGCACUAGCCAGGACACUUCUGGAUUCGUGCUCGGAGUUUUGCUACAUGACCAGUAGCUUCUCCAAGAAGUUGAAGUUCCAGGCCAAGACGAAUUUUCUGAAGGUGCAAGGUAUCGGAAACAGCAGCUCAACCUCAACGAAAUCUGUGGAAGCGAACAUCGAACCAAGACACUCGUCAAUCUCCUCGUUCGGUGAACUGAUGCAGUUCCACGUUUUGCCGAAAAUCACCCAAGCGUUGCCGCUCAAACCUGUGUGGAUGGAUUUGCUGGAGAUUCCAUCCGAAAUAGUUCUAGCAGAUCCCACGUUCGGAGAGCCUGGUCCGAUAGACUUGAUCAUCGGAGCGGAGUUUUACUUCGACCUACUGCGGACCGGAAGAAGAAAGCUGAGCGACAGCGGACCAACGUUACAAGAAACAGUCUUUGGCUGGGUCGUGUCUGGAAAGAUUCCGGAAAUGGCAAGCUCGCUUCUCACAACAGCGAGCUACGUGUGUUCGACAGCAGACCUCCAGGAAAUGAUCGCUAGGUUCUGGGACUUGGAGACCUGUCAUGUCAACCGGACUCAUUCCGUGGAAGAAACAGCCUGUGAAGAAAUGUUCAAGCAAACAACGACUCGGGACGAAGAAGGCCGGUUUGUGGUAAGCCUGCCAAAGAAGGAACACAUGCUGGAGCGGUUAGGAGAGUCCCGUGCAAUAGCCAUGAAGCUGUUCAUCGGCUUGGAGAAGCGGUUCGCCCUGAACGCCGAACUUAAGGAGUCCUACAAGGAGUUUAUCCAUGAAUAUCUCCUGAUGGGCCACAUGAAAGAAGUCGACGGAGAGCAAGCCAUCGGAGAUCCGGUGUACUACAUGCCGCAUCACGCGGUGUUGCGACCGGACAGCACAACAACAAAGUUGAGAGUCGUUUUUGACGCGUCGUGUCGGACUUCUAGCGGCAUCUCGCUCAACGACGCUUUGAUGGUGGGGCCGGUCGUUCAGAACGAUCUGAUAUCCACAAUUCUCCGAUUUCGUCAACACCGGAUCGCCGUCAUCGCCGAUGUAGCCAAAAUGUAUCGGAUGGUCCGGGUUCCAGAGGAAGAUCAACAUCUACAGCGCAUCCUUUGGAGAGACACACCGGAGGAAUCGGUGAAGACGUUUGAACUGCUGACGGUCACGUACGGCACUGCGAGUGCUCCGUAUCUGGCCACAAGGUGCCUGAAGAAGCUGGGAGAAGACAAUGGAUCUACGCAUCCGAUUGCAGCUCGGGUUGUCCAAGAGGACUUUUACGUCGACGAUAUGUUGUCAGGAGCGGACACCGUCCCCAAAGCACGGCAGCUGAUGAACGAAGUCAUAGAGCUGACUGACACGGCUGGUUUCACCCUGCGAAAGUGGAACUCAAACUCACCGGAGCUGCUUUCGACCUUGCCCAAGCAUCUACGAGACGAGAGGUCAGUCCUGGAUCUAGACUCCUCAAGCGCAACGGUCAAGACUCUGGGGCUGCGAUGGGACACCCAGUCCGACGAUUUCUGCUUCGCUUUCCCCGAGUGGAGAUCCAAUUCCUCCUCCAUCACUAAGCGUAGUGUUCACUCCGACGCUGCUUGUUUCUUUGAUCCACUGGGCCUGGUUGGGCCAGUUGUAGUCCAAGCGAAAAUAUUCAUCCAGCGGCUCUGGCUGCUAAAAUGCGACUGGGAUGAUCCUCUCGAAGAGUCUCUGCAGGAAAUGUGGAUGGAAUACAAGCAGAACAUGGUCGCAUUGGAGUCCCUAUCGAUUCCUCGCUGGCUCGGCGUCAGCAACGACUGCACAGAAGUGCAGCUACACGGGUUCUGUGAUGCAUCGGAAGCUGCGUACGGAGCGUGCCUCUACCUACGUUGUACUGCGUCGGAUGGUACUGUCACUGUCCGGUUGAUCACCUCCAAAUCACGAGUGGCACCUUUGGAAAGCCUCCAGAGGAAAAAGAAGAAAAUGAGUAUCCCCCGCCUUGAGCUGUCCUCGGCACUUUUGCUGAGUCACCUGUACGAGAAGUACAGCCAGAUCCACCCGAACCUUCCAGCGUACUUCUGGACAGACUCGAUGAUUGUCAAGUGCUGGCUGGCUUCGCUACCCUCUCGGUGGCAAAUCUUCGUAGCAAAUCGCGUAUCGGAGAUCCAGCAUCUCACCAAGGAUGGAGUUUGGAACCAUGUUCCGGGCACCGAAAACCCGGCAGACCUUAUCUCCCGUGGAAUGUCGCCAGCACACCUUCAGUAUCAAACACUUUGGUUCGAAGGUCCGCAGUGGUUGGCUCAAGACCAACAGUUUUGGCCCGACGCAGGCGAUCCCCCUAAUGCAGAAUUGGAUUCGACCAUGCUGGAAGAACGACCAUCACCUGCAUUUCCAGCUCAAGCAGUACCUCCAAGCGAAAUCUUCGGAGAACGUUCGUCGUUCACGGAACUCGUCCGUAUCGUAGCACUGCUGCUUCGAUUUCGGCACAACUCGCAAAAAUGCAAUCGGCCGUCCAGGAAAACUGGUCCCCUGACGCUCGAGGAACAGGAACAGGCAACUAUCGCUCUAGUUCGCUUGUCCCAGCAGGAAUGCUACCCACAAGAGCUAAAAGAGUUGGCCAAAAGAGGAUCGGUUCACGACUCGUCCAAUAUCGCUGCGCUGCAUCCACAACUUUGUGACGGCGUGAUGCGCGUCGGCGGCCGGCUCUCUAAGGCAUCGAUAUCGUCCGAUCGCAAGCAUCCCUAUAUUCUACACCACAAGCACCCUCUCGCAACGAUGAUCGUACGGCAUUUCCACUACAAGCUCUUUCACGCCGGUCAGCAGCUGCUGAUUUCGGCGGUCCGCGGAAAGUUCUGGCCAGUUCACAUCCACAGUUUGGCCAGGAAGGUGAUUCACGGAUGCAUCCCGUGCUUUCGCAGCAAGCCCAAGGUUUUGGACCAGUUGAUGGCUGAUCUUCCGUCAGCGAGAGUCAACCCUGCACCACCGUUCAUGAACGUCGGCGUGGACUACUGCGGUCCAUUCCAAGUCAACUACCCCAAUCGUCGAGCGAGUCCAGUGAAGUGCUACGUAGCGAUUUUUGUCUGCCUAGUAGUGAAGGCCGUCCAUCUAGAGCUGGUGAUGGACCUAACCACCCAAGCGUUCCUAGCAGCGCUGAAGCGGUUCGCAGCUCGUCGCGGCAAGCCCCAAUUGAUAAUGUGCGAUAACGCAACGACCUUCGUCGGAGCGAAACGGGAGCUAACCGAGCUGCAUCGACUGUUUCACGACCAGAAGUUCCAAGAGCAACUUAUCAAGGACACCAGUUCCGAUGGCAUCGAGUUCCGAUUCAUCCCUCCCCGCACUCCAAACUUUGGCGGACUCUGGGAGGCGCAGGUCAAGUCCUUUAAAGGGCACUUCAAGAAGGCUGUUGGAACAAAGGUUUUGAAGGUGGACGAAAUGUUGACUGCACUGGCGCAGAUCGAAGCGGUCCUCAACUCACGUCCGCUAACCCCAAUCAGCAGUGAUCCCAGCGAUUUCGAGGCUCUAACUCCAGGGCACUUCCUGGUUCAGCGACCACUAACUGCCAUCCCGGAGCCUGAUUUGCAGGAUCUUCCCACCAAUCGCCUGUCGAAGUGGGAGACUGCUCAGCAGGUGUCACAGCAGGUCUGGAGCAGGUGGUCUACACAAUACCUCUCGGAUCUCCACAACCGCACCAAGUGGACCAAACAGCGGAACAAUAUUCGUAUCGGCACGAUGGUCCUACUCAAGGACGAGAAUGCCCCUCCUCUGAAGUGGCACUUAGGCAGGGUCGUCAAGGUCUUCGAAGGGUCGGACGGCAACAUUCGUGUCGUCACGGUCCGCACUAAAGACGGAUGCUUCGAUCGAGGAAUCUCGAAGGUCUGUCCUCUUCCUAUCCGAGACAACGAAGAGAGCCCUCAACUCUCACCCGCAUAAGUCACUCGCCGAGUGCACACCGGUGUUACGGCACCAUCCAAGUUUUUGUCAAGUCGUCUCAAGAGCAAUCAAGGUCAAGUUGGUAUCGUCUGUGCAUGUCUUGUGUACGUCAUUUGGUAUGGUGAAGGUCUCGGCGCACAAGGCGUCGGCGGUGACCACAGGGUCAUUGCAAGAUUUAAGCAAAUUUCUAAUCGUUGCAUAUCGUUGGUAGCACCACAGCGUUCGCUACCGUCUCUCAUCCGGAGGAAUCCAUGGUAACUCCUCCAACAGCCGUCGUCGACCGUUUGGCAGUGAGCUUGGCCAGCUCGCAUUGCCGAUCAGCGAAUCGAUGGCACGAAGUUACGAAGUCGAAGAAGGGUGGUCAUCCGACCGCAGAAGCACCUACGCCCGGCAGAGACUACCACCCAGGUUUACACUCUACGGAGGAUCCUCAGGCGCCGUUCUUGCCUGGGUAGGAAACCACCAACCAAACCAUCACCAUACGUACCACCACUACGAAGUACCGCAAGCAGCAAGGAAGUAAGCCAGCCAUCAACCGAUGGAGUGGCGCAAGGUCGUGCCAGACGAUGACCCCGACCGAUCCAAAACGAAGCACCGUGAAGCCCAUUGAAGUCACUCCGAAGUCCCCGAAUCCAGUCAAGCCACCGUAGAAGAAGAAGAAGAAGCCAUCCCGCUGUGCACCCGGCACGGCAUUCCUGGAGAUAGCCA